AAAUGCACCACAACAAUGCGAAUGUUAGCAUAUGGUGUGGCAGCAGAUGCAGUCGACGAGUACAUCAAAAUAGGAGAGACUACAGCAUUGGAGUGUGUACGUAGAUUCUGUAAAGGAAUCAUACGAUUGUAUGAGCAAGAGUACAUGAGAGCACCAACCCAAGAGGACCUGCAAAGAAUACUACAGGUUAGUGAAAUGCGGGGGUUCCCAGGCAUGAUCGGGAGUAUUGACUGCAUGCACUGGGAGUGGAAAAAUUGUCCUAAAGCAUGGGAAGGUCAAUUUGCUAGAGGGGAUAAGGGAACCACCACAGUUAUUCUUGAAGCAGUUGCAUCUCCUGAUCUUUGGAUCUGGCAUGCCUUUUUUGGAUGUCCGGGAACCUUGAACGAUAUAAACGUUCUAGACCGGUCACCAGUGUUUGAUGAAUUGGAACAGGGAAACGCUCCACGUGUGAAUUUCAUCGUGAACCAACGUCCCUAUAAUAUGGCAUACUAUCUAGCUGAUGGUAUCUACCCUUCUUAUCCAACUUUUGUCAAGUCUAUUAGACUUCCUCAAACUGAACCCGAUAAGUGCUUUGCAAAACAUCAGGAGGGAUGUCGGAAGGACAUCGAACGUGCAUUUGGAGUGCUUCAAGCUCGUUUUAAAAUCAUCCGUGAACCAGCUCGCUUCUGGGACAUAACUGAUUUGGGUAUCAUCAUGAGGUCAUGCAUCAUAUUACAUAAUAUGAUUGUUGAGGAUGAACGAGAUACAUAUGCUCAACGCUGGACCGAUUUUGAGCAAGCUGAGGGAAGUGAAUCUAGUACACCGCAACCAUACUCGACCGAGGUGUUACCCGCUUUUGCGGAUCACGUGCGUGCUAGAUCCGAGUUCCGUGAUCCAAAUGUCCAUCACCAACUACAAGCAGAUCUAGUGAAGCACAUCUGGGCAAAGUUUGGAAUGUAUGAUGAUUAAAUAUGCUUUGUAUCGUACUAAUUACGUUAUUUGUGUGUUGUGUGUUUAGUUUGUUGUCUUGCAUUUUAAGUUAAGCAAAUAAAAUGUAUUAUUGUGUGCUUAGU